ACCCUAAUAAACCAUUUCCUUUCCACUCGCACCCACUUAGGAUCUGAUUCUCUCGUCCCACAAGUUUCUUCUCCAACUCAUUCUCUCAUUCAGGUAAUUCGGAUCAAGUGCGACGAUUUUGAUUGAUUGAUUGUCACAGUUGAUAUUUGUUUGAGAUGGACGAUAACAAUCGUUCUUCAGGACCUCCGAAGGAUAAUCCAGAUCAUGGAAAUCAAGCAGGCCAAAUUACCAAGGAUGAUAGCAGCUCAUUGGAGAACAUGGCUCAGAGGUUUCAAGAUUCUUUGUCCACUAGCAAAAGGCACAAAUUCUGGGAAACUCAACCUGUUGGACAAUUCAAGGAUAUCGGGGAUUCUAGUUUGCCUGAUGGUCCAAUUGAACCACCAACUCCAUUAUCUGAGGUCAAACAAGAGCCUUAUAAUCUUCCUAAUUCAUAUGAAUGGACCACUUGUGACAUGAGCUCUGAAGGGAUUUGUAUUGAGGUUUACAAUCUCUUGAAGAACAAUUAUGUUGAAGAUGAUGAAAAUUUGUUUAGAUUCAACUAUUCCAAGGAAUUUCUUGGAUGGGCUUUGAGACCUCCGGGGUACUUCACAAGCUGGCAUAUUGGUGUUCGUGCUAAAGCUUCUAAGAAAUUGGUUGCUUUCAUCAGUGGCAUCCCUGCCAGGAUUCGGGUGCGCGACGAAGUCGUUAAGAUGGCAGAGAUCAAUUUCUUAUGUGUUCACAAGAAGCUUAGAUCAAAGAGACUUGCACCUGUUAUGAUCAAAGAGGUCACAAGGAGGGUUCACCUGGAAAAUAUAUGGCAAGCGGCUUAUACCGCUGGAGUUGUUCUUCCAACCCCAAUUACAACUUGCCAAUACUGGCAUAGAUCCUUAAACCCAAAGAAGCUAAUUGAUGUUGGGUUUUCAAGGCUGGGGGCAAGGAUGACGAUGAGCCGGACCAUAAAGCUUUACAAGUUACCUGAUUCACCAGCUACCCCUGGGUUUCGAAAAAUGGAACGUCGAGAUGUCCCUGCCGUUACUCGGUUGCUUAGAAUGUAUUUGAGGCAGUUUGAUGUUGCUCCAGAUUUUGAUGAAUCUGAUGUAGAACAUUGGCUUCUUCCUAAGGAGAGCGUAGUAGAUAGUUUCUUGGUUGAGAGUCCGGACAGCCAUGUGAUCACUGACUUCUGCAGCUUCUACACUCUUCCUUCAUCCAUUCUUGGGAACCAAACAUACUCAACCUUGAAGGCCGCCUAUUCCUAUUAUAAUGUCUCCACCAAAACUCCAUUGUUGCAGUUGAUGAAUGAUGCUCUUAUUGUUGCAAAACAGAAAGAUUUUGAUGUCUUCAAUGCAUUGGAUGUCAUGGAGAAUGAAUCCGUCCUGAAGGAACUAAAAUUCGGUCCAGGCGACGGGCAACUUCACUAUUACCUGUAUAAUUAUCGGAUUCGGCACGCGUUGAAACCAAGUGAACUUGGGCUUGUACUGCUAUAGUUGGAUUUGUUACUGGUUUGGUUUGAAUUGUGAACAGAAAAUAUUGGUCAUUUUUUAAUGGUGGCUUGGUUUGCUGAUGCAUUUUAGCUUUGUUUUGUUCGUCUUGUGUCAACAGCAAAGAGCACUAAACACUAAACGUCAGGAGUAUGAGAGGGAACUUUGCCGGAUAAUGUAAAAUGUUUUGCAGGUUUUUCACUGAAUUAUCCUUUUUUUUUUGGCCCAUCCUCGCAGGAUUUGCAGGUGCAGCCUGUUUGUAUUAUGAAUUGCAUACACUUUUUUAUA